CGGUCAAGUUUCUUGUCAAUAUUUACUUACAUUAAUUAUUAAAUAGUAUUCAGUGCUUUUACUUUUACUACAUUCCUCAAAUUAUAAUUUUACCAAUAAGAAUUAUUGUAGUGCAGUGUGCUAUUUUGCGUUUUUCAAAUUUUAAUAACCUAUCAUGGAAGAUGAAACUAAAAACAAAAAUGAAGACAUAGAAUUCAAGAAGCCAGUACUCGUUGGACGCAUUGGAAAACUUCCAAAAAAGGUGAAACAAGAAGUCGAUAAUCUUAAAGAACCCAAAACAGAAGGACCUAAUACACAAACAUCAGAACCGAUCGCUAAAAGUUCACUACCACCGGCGGUUCUCAUCAAGGAGCUUGCUACACCCAUACCCUAUAAAGAACCCAAAUGGUCAGGAAUUUGUCCGGAUGGUUCAGAAUAUGGCCUAGAAGUGUUGAAAUCUGGUAUGAUUGUUGAAAAGGUUGACUUGACCACAAAACCAUUCUAUGUUUUUGGAAGACUAGCAAAUUGUGAUGUUGUGAUGGCACAUCCAACAAUAUCAAGGCACCAUAGUGUCCUGCAAUAUAAAGCAUUUGCUGAAGAAGGUGAACCGCCUUGUGGUUGGUACUUGUAUGAUCUGGGCAGCACUCACGGUACAUUCCUAAACCGAGACAGAAUAAAAGAGAAGCACUACAGCAGAGUCCGAGUCGGUCAUCAAAUCAAGUUUGGAAACAGCACCAGGACUUAUAUUUUGCUUGGCCCAGACUUUGAUUGUGAAGGUGAAUCGGAGUUAACAGUGACAGAAAUAAAACAAAAAGCAUUAGACAUGAAAUUGUCUCGAGCAAGGAUGAUACAAGAAGCUAAGGAAGCUAUGGAAAAGGAAAGAUUAGAGGAAGAGAGAAAAAGAGAGGAACAAGGCAUUGAUUGGGGAAUGGGUGAGGAUGCAGAGGAAGAACCAGAUCUUGCAGAAAAUCCAUAUGCUACUACCGCUAACGAAGAGCUCUAUUUAACUGACCCUAAAAAGACACUGCGUGGAUAUUUUGAAAGAGAAGGUCACGAGUUGAGCUACGAUUGUGAAGAAAGAGGCAUAGGCCAAUUUAUUUGCAGGGUGGAACUACCGAUUGACGACGCUCGUGGUCGUCCCGUGGUGGCGGAGGUGAUACACCGCGGUAAGAAGAAGGAGGCGGUGGUCGCGUGCGCGCUGGAGGCCUGCCGCGUACUGGACAGGGCUGGACUGCUGCGGCAGUCUAAACAUGAAUCUCGUCGUCGUAAGGAGCGCGACUGGAGCGCGGACGACUACUACGACUCUGACGAGGACUCGUUCCUGGACCGCACCGGGCACGUGGAGAGGAAACGUAACAUGAGAAUGAUAAAACUGGGAGCUGCGGACGAUAAAAAUAAUAAACCACUCACUUAUGAUGAUCUGCUUAAGCAAAUAGACGAAAUAGAACAGAAGAUAAUUAAGGAAGAGAAGUCACUGGGCCGUUUGCGAGCUCGCGGCGAGAGCCCCGCGGCCGCUAGCAGCGAGGAUGACGCGCUGGACGCGUACAUGAACCAGCUCGCUAACACGCCGCAAGCUAUGUCUGUUAAAGCUGACAUAUCAAAGACUAAGAUGAAUAUACAAAAAUUAAAGGCUGAGUUAGCGAAAACACAAAAACUAGCGGAUAUAGCGCGGCCUGCGCACGCGCCGCCCCUCAUCAAGAAAGACGAUAAGAAAAUGAUAGUCAAAGUCGCCUCUAAUUCAGUUGUUUACGGAAAAAGGUUAAAAUUAAAAGAUGACGCUGAAAAACGACCUAAAGUAAAACAAGUGAAGAAAGAAGAAACAGAAUUUGUUGAAGAAAUGGACUCGGAUGAAGAAAAUGAACUAACAAAAAUCAAAACCGAAACAUCAAUAAAAGAUAAUGGAAUAAAUGAAAUUAAAUCAAUAGAAAAUGAACCUGAAAUAGAGAAAAAGGAUUCAAAAAACGAUAGUAAAGAAAUAGUUAAAUUAGAAACUAAGGAGAAAGCGGUUAAACGAGUGUUCGGUCCGAUGCGACCUCCUGAUGAUUACGAGGUACCAGAAGGUUAUUUCGAUCAAGAAACUGACAGAGAUCUUCCAGAAAUCGAAGAAAAAGAAUAGCUUUAAGUGAAUAAAAAAUUAAGGAUA